CUUCGACGCGAGUAGCUGCAUUUCUUAGACAGGAAAAUGUCUGGUCAAGAGGAACAGUUUGAUGCUCAGAAUAUAGUUGACUCAACAGAAGAAAGUGAUGAUGCUUUUGACACUCUCAAUAUUCCAGCUCCCUCAGAAGAGCAUGAAGAGUCAUAUGAAACUGAAGAGCAUGAAUCUGAGCUAGAACAAUUCAGCGAGGGCUAUGAAAUGCAUGCUAAGGCGCACAGUGACCACAGCCUUGUAAGCCUGGAACCAGAUGAUGAAGAACAACUCAUGGAAGAGGUUGUGCCACCAAGACACGUUUCAUAUACUCCAAGACAUGAUCAAGAGCAGUAUGCAAUGCACAGGUUCAAUGAUGCCACUCUGGCAUAUCUAGAUAAAAUAAAGGCUAUAAAGGAGGCUUUGCUGGAAUCAACAAAAGAUUCUUUAGCAACAGUUAAAGUUGUACUUAUUCCAGUGGGCCAGGAAAUUAUAAUGCCUUUUAAUAUUAAUACUAUUUUUAAAUACCUCAAGGAUCAUUUUUCACGCUUAUUAAGUGUCCCACCUUCUGAACUGCAGCUAAGAUAUUCAGGAAUAAUUCUGAAAAAUAAUGAGACUCUAGUGCAAUAUGGAGUGAAGCCACAGGAAGUUGUACAAGUGGACAUCUUUUCUACAAAUCCAGAUCUGUAUCCAAUCAAAAGAAUAGAAGGAUUAAAUAAUGUCCCUCAAAUCAUAACUGUCACUAUACAAACUGGCAUUGAUCAGUACCAGGAGGUAGCUGUUGAGGUUGUAAAAUCUGACUUUCACAAGCCAUUUCUUGGUGGAUUCAGACAUAAAAUAACAGGAAUAGAAUAUCACAAUGCUGGAACACAAACUGUACCUAAAAAGAUUACUGAAGGACCCAGUGUAUUUUGUAGGGAUACACAGACCAUUUUUCAGAGAAAAAAGAUUCAACAAACUACAAAUACAACAUCCACACAGAUGACGAAAAUUGGUGUAUAUGUAUCAAAUAUGACUGAUAAACUGGUAAAGCCAGGAAGAUAUUUUUCAGCAGCAGAAUACCAUGCUCAAAGAUUAAAGGCGGUGAUAGUGAUACAGAGUUGCUACAGACAGUGGCAUGCUAAAGUCUUUGUAGAUAAUUUAAGAAGACAGAAAAGGAUGAGGUUGGAAUGGGAAGCACAGGAAGAACUAAAGAAGAUAAGAGAAAAAGAAGAACUGAUGAAACUGGACUAUUACCGGAGGCAUAAUCCUAAAACAAAUGAAGAUUUUGAACUUCUUUAUAAUGCACUAGAACUCUGGCGGCAAGAAGAACUUACACGCAUUAACCAAUCUUUCACUGGAGCUGAAAGGAAGGCUGCUUUGUGUGAAAUUCUGGAAAAAGAGACUCAGAUAAUUGCUUCCAUUGGGAGACAUAGAUACGUCGCUAAUAUGGAAAGUCAGGAAGCAGCAAUACAGGCCUUUUUGGAUAAGUGUUCAACUCCAAAGACCUGGAGAACAUUGGAUGGCAAAAUAAUUGAGAUGGAUACACAGUUCACCAUCAGAGCCAGAGAGCUGCAAAACAUCUACAAAUGCAUUAUGCUGAAAAAUAUCUCUCAAGAUGAGAGACUGGAUGUACUCUUAACGCUUAAACACACUGUGAAGGAACAUGAAUGUAAAUUGACUCAUGAAAUUCUAGAAUUGAUUGACAGAGAGGUUGACCUUAUGAUGAGAGGAGUUAAACGUCAUAACCUUGAAGGACUCAGAAAAAGAAUUGCAACACUCUUUUUUCAUUAUAUCAAAACACCUCUGUUUAAUCCUGAAGUUGCAAGAUACCUUAAGGUCCCUCAGGACCCACUGAAGUUUUAUAAGAAGAUUUACUUUUGCCGCAGUUGCCAACUGUUUUUGCCUUCUACAGAGUUUUCUGUGUCAUCUACCUCACAGCGCAUAUACCGGUGUCGCCGCUGCAUUAGCCUUGAGAAUGAGACUCAGAAACGAGAAUCAUUUUUGAAGUAUAAGUGUUUACUUCAACGGCUCUACUAUUCAGAAGCUGAUUAUGAAGAUGAUUCUAAAAUUGCUUUCUUGAUGCAGCUGCAAGAUAUUCAGUACCUGAUAGAGAACAUCUGGGCGUCCCAGUCAACUCUCAGUGCCUGGGAUGACCUCAAUGAUCUGGUCAUGGUCAGAUGGAAUAAAUCCCGAGAGUGGUCGCCCUGGAACUGCAUUCUUCUUACCAAAGAUGAAGCGACUGUUCAUCUCAAGCUAUCAAGUAUUGAGGAGGGAUAUAGACCUUCAUUUAUUCACAAGAUCAAACACAAACAUAUCCUGGCAAAGAACUAUUUUUCUCAGAUUCCGGUGCUGGCUUCAUUUAUACUUGAUGAUGGCAAAAUAGAUGAGAUCAGAAGGAAAUAUCACCCAGACACAACACCUAAGAUUAUGGAAUCUCGACAGUCUCCUCCUUAGAAGACACAGGAGUACUUGUUUGAUGAUCAACAUUUUUGUCCACUGGUAAUAGGGUAAUACAGAAGUCACACAAUAUGGAAA